AUGUCUAAUUUGAACGAAAAAGUAUCAGCGGGUAGCGAUGUUAGUGACACCAGUCUUCAAGCGCCGAAUGAUCCUAUACAAGCACCUCUCUCUGGCCAGACUGGCUCUUCCACCGAACCCAUAUCUCCUACAUCCGGCCCCGAAUUUUUCGAACUCAGACGAGACAAUGGCUCGCUGCACAGCCUAGCACAACCUCAGACCAAUCCAAUUGUAACCUCGCCUGGUUAUGAAUUUGAUGAUGCUAUUUGGGACACAUACCUUAAAAAUGUCAAUGACCGACUGAAGGCUGGUAUCACACUGAGGAGGCCACUUCCUCUCUGGAUUGUUAUCCGGGUUCUGCGCGCGGGCUGGAUGAGGGAUGGGACUUGGUAUGGUCCAAGUCCUUCGCCAGCUGGACCGAUUGAGACUUCGUCAGCUAUGCCGGAAACGCCUGCUCUUACGCCCAAUGCAUUUCUAAACGAAAUAUCCGGGGGUAGGAACAACACGGGAGAUGCAACAAGUGGCCGUGUGUAUGCAUCCAGGAGGGUUCGCACCCCGGGAUGGAAUGAGGCUGCACUUGAAGUGGAGCGUAUCAUGCAAGCAGUCGAAGCUGAGACCAAAUGA